AUGAUUCAGAAUAUUGAGAAGACAGCUCUACUCUCUGAGCAUGUCAAUCUGCUUACUGCUGAAAUGAAAUCUGAGACAGUAGAUCAGAAAAUGUGGGAUUUUGAGAUACAGAUUGACCUGGCUGAAAGAGAGCAGCAGAAACCCUUCUCUGAGAAGAUAGUGAAGAGAGAUUUUGAGGUGAUUAUCACCUCAGAUGAGAAGAAAAAGAAAGAGAAGAAGAAGAAGAAGAAGAAGAAUGAGAAGUGA